UAGUGGUGGACGCGCCGGUGACUAAGUCUCUGUUCAAUGCCCGGGUUGGUGCAUUUCCCAGUGUUUUAAGAUAAUAUAAUUCAUAGUCUGAAUAGUGAUUGAUACAUUUUAUUCUUACCAUUGAUAGUAUUGUGUUACCUUAGCUUGUUUUGUACAGUCUUAUCUGUGUAAAAAAGGUAGGGGAUAUUGCAAAAAUAUUGUGAUAAAAUUGAACAUUACCUUCGAAACACUUUUUUUUUGUUCUAUUUUGCUGUUACUUUAAAUAUUUUCUAUUUAAAAUAUUGUGUACAUAGAUAAAUUACUUUAAAAGUAAUACCUGCAAUAAAAUAUUAAACUUUCAACAAAUGAACAGAGGCUAUUUUGACAGCUGUCAAACAUAUGGGCCCUAUUAGUUUCAUUUAUUACUUUAUUCUGACGACAACCAAAUAAUCGAUUAUCUGCGCCGUAAAACUACAUACCAAGAUCGUUAUUAAAUAUCAGGUAAGCGACUCAUUUAUAUAGAUACUUUAAAGCAAAAAAAAAACGAAAGUGUCUGUCUGUCCGCCCAUCACUCCAAAACUCAAACAAUAAUAUAUCGCAUGUCAAACCGAAACCAAACAAGAUAUAAGCGAUUAGUGUUAUCUUGACUCAGGUAAAUAUUUCUACGGAAUGACUGAAUUCCUUCCCAAAUUUGAAAACAAACGAAUGUCGUCCCUAAACUGUUCUAUUUUCAAUUCAAAUUUUGAACAACUACAUUUCGCGUCGCUAUCUUACUUCGAAAAAAAAAAAUAGGCAAAGGAAUUCAAACUUUACGCCAUUGACAUUGAAGCUAAAUUAUUGUUUGAAUUGUCACGUUGGCAGGGGGUCGAGUGACGAACGGCACGUAACUGUCAAAAUAUACUUUUUUUUUUCAGUGCACGAUUAGGUCAGGUAUUCGGCCAGAACAUAUUUGGGUGUAGGCGCGUUUAGUUGUUAUCGGAACUAUUUGUGAAUCUGAACUAUUUGCGGUUUGCGUUAGUGAUGUGAUCGAUUGUGUGGUUUAGCGGUUUUGGAUUGUAAUUGCUUCCUAAUGAUAUGACCUUCAGUUCCCGAUAGACGUGUCGGGGGUUCAGAACGACCAUCCGUUCCUAGACGCGGACUCGCUGCAGUCCCUGUUCCGCAGACUGACAGCCCUGAACCGCUGCGCCAACAUGAAGCUGGAGCACCAUCAUCACCAGAAGAGAUCGAACGACUCUGACGACGAUCAGUGCGCGUUGAGCGACAAAUGGCAGUACGAGAGGAAGUCCAGAAGAUGGUCCAGGGUCGUGGAGAUCACGCCGCAGGCACAGAGGAGGCUGCAGAUGAUCGCAGCAAAAGCGUUAGCAGAAAAAGAAGCUCGUGAGGCGCGGGGGGAAGUGGAAGACGAUGAAGAUGAUUCUCUGCCUACCAUCAGAGUGGGGCUAGUCGAUGCUGACGGACACUAUACAGAUGUCGAGCCAGACUUAUUGACAGUACCCGGCCAGCCAGUAAUUCAGUUACCAAGCGACAAGGAAGAUGAAGAGGAUACAGGCACCAGGUUUAGAAGAACCGGCUCCGAAAGACUCCGAGACGGCGCUAAGGCUCUACUUAGGCGGGUCGAAUCACUUAAAACUAGAAGAAGAAAACGGCAAAACCGUACAGAAGUCAUAGUCUCAUCUCCCCACUUUCUAGACACGCAAACGGACAGAUAUCCAGACCUGAACUAUAUUGAUAUGACCCCAACCACACCCACAGCAUUUCCAUUCCCUGACUUCAACAGUUCCCCUCUCCAUGCCCCCGCUAUCAGAACACAACCUCCAUCACCAAUGACUAUAAUGCCACCAUCACCUAUAGCUCCUUUAGAGCAAUCCUUCGUGUUGAACCCACCAUUUGGAGAUGAUAGCUCAAGUUACGCAUCAGAUGGGAGUAUGAGCUCUAGCAAUAAGAGCACAAAGUCUAAAUUGGGGCGAGCGAAGAGGAUAUUUCAUCGCGGGAUGAAGAAUGAAGACACUAGUGCGCUAAGCGACUCGGAGUGUCAGCCUGCCAGUUGGAGGCAUAAUUACUAUAAGGAACAUAAUACUCAUCAUAAUACCGAGGUGUACGUAGAGCCACCUUCUCCCGUGGAACUGAAGCCGGAUCCUGAAGUUCUCCGGGAGGUGCAGAAGUCUCCAGGCCACACGGUGCACCGGCGGCAGGCUAUCAGGACCAGCUCGCUGAAUCUGGGGAAGGAUGGACAGAAAUUUCGUGACCGCAGCUUGAAGAGAGAUAAGUCAGCGUCUCGGAGCUCAGACCUCAACAGCAGUCCUAACUCGGCGGGGUCCCGCUCCCACGAUGGUGAUCAAGACGACGAUGAUGAUAGCCUCGAUAUUAAGACCAAAAAAAAUAAUAUUCAGAGGUGGUAUUCAUUUAGAACGAGCGCACUGAAUGGAGGUCCCAAAGCGAACAACACUCUGCAGGCUGUGACAAACCAGAACGACCCCGAAGCAUACAUGUCAAGACCGAUGGCCUCGUUAUCUUGUGGGCAGCUACACAUUCUAAGAAAACUCGCGUUACUUCGACUAACAGCGUGUAUGGAGAGGUAUUGCCCAUCGCACAAGUCCGGCUGGAAUUGGGAACUUCCCAAGCUCAUAAGGAAGAUUAAGACGCCAGAUUAUAAAGACAAAACGGUAUUUGGCGUACCGCUAACCAUCUCACUUCAAAGGACUGGUCAUUCUUUGCCGAAGCCAAUACAGAGCGCUUUGAAUUGGUUGAAGAAUAAUGCUUUAGAUCAGAUGGGAAUCUUCAGAAAGGCCGGCGUAAAGUCGAGGAUAGCGAAACUCCGACAAACGGUGGAAGCGGCGGGCGCCGCGAACGCUGCGUUUGCGAUCGAAAACAUCAACACAACGGACCCCGAGCAUUCCAGCUUGACCUUCGACGGCAGUCAAGCGCACGACGUCGCGGAUAUGGUGAAACAGUACUUCAGAGAGUUGCCUGAUGCGCUGCUCACUAACAAGCUCAGUGAGACCUUCAUUGCUAUUUUCCAACAUGUUCCGGAGCCAUUACGACCAGAUGCUGUGCAAUGUGCUUUACUUCUGCUACCUGAAGAGCAUUUAGAAGCAUUGCAUUCUUUACUGAUAUUCCUGUCUGAGGUGGCGGAACAUUCGGCUGUGAACCAGAUGACAGCCUCCAACCUGGCCGUGUGCCUCGCCCCCACGCUGCUGAGGCUGCACCACGCGCCGCCGCAGACUGGAAGCACCAAGGAAGGAAACUCUAACAGGAUGGUGAUCGAGAGCGCGGCCGACGCGCGGCAGAUCAGCGAGAGCCGCGCGGCGCACGCGUGCCUGGCGCUGCUCAUCACGCGGCCGCGGCAGCUGCUGCUGGCGCCCGCCGACAUGCUCGCGCGCUGCAAGUUCAACUACUUCGAGGAGAGCGUGCCGGUAGCGUUAGAGGAACUUGGAGGCGAUUUCAAUCAAGACUGGAAAGGCUUCCAGCAGGCUUGCAUCAAAGCAUUGCUCAAAGAGGCCAAAGAAAAAAGCCGAGGCUGGAUGUCAGUGUCGGGGGCGGCCCCUCACGUGGAGCUGUGUUGUAAGAAAGUGGGCGAUGGACACCCUCUGAGGCUGUGGAGGGCCACGACUGACGUCGAGGCUCCACCGCAGGAGGUUAUGCAAAGAAUACUCCGAGAACGACACAUCUGGGACGACUCGCUGGUGAAAUGGAGAGUCGUGGAGAAGUUGGGCACAAACGCCGAAGUGUUCCAGUACGUGACCGCGUCCAGUAUCAAUUUGGAGCCGAGGGACUAUUGCGUUUUACGAUCGUGGCAGCAAGGCGGCGGCGGCGGCGGCGGGUGGUGCGCCAUCGCGGAGACGUCGGUGGCGCACGCGGCGGCGCGCGCGGGCGCGGGCGCGGGCGGCGUGCGCGGCGUCGUGCUCGCCAGCCGCUAUCUCGCGCAGCCCGCCGGGAAGGGCAGGAGUCGGCUGGUGCAUCUCGCUAGGGUCGAUACUAUGGGACGCACUCCGGAAUGGUAUAACAAGUGCUACGGUCACAUCUGCGCACUUUACUUAGCUCGAAUUCGAGCCUCCUUCAAGCAUAACACCGAAGGACCAGAAUCAAAUGUAUGAUCCAAGCAUUCCACUUAAGUCAUAUCCAUAUUGGAUGUGGCUUAAGUCAAUUAAUUUUAAAGCCUUUAUUGUAAAGGCGUCUUUACUCAAUUGCCAAUUUAAAUGUGACGCCGUUAGAUUUGUAUACCUGGAGAAUCUACCAUUGUACAAGUAUAAUGUCCAUUUGGAAUAUCUAAUGGUUUUUUUCUGUUUACAAAUAAAUACUGGCAAUAUAUAGUAGCUACGUCUGAAUUCGAUAUUUUGAAAAUAUAUGAUUAUUAUAAUUCAUUGAUAUUAAAAAAUAUCUCGUGUAAAUAUAGAUUAGUAGAGAUAAUUGAGUUUUAAUUAAAAUUGCAUAAUAUGAAAUACUUUAUUAGGUUAGGAGCACUACCUGUACCUACCUCCAUGUUUCAAGGUUAUUUACCCUUAUCCCUAGGGACCUACCAAAAAGCCUGACUACAAUACUAUAAGAUAUUAGUUAACGUAGAUAUUUUAUAAAAACGAUUGAAUUUACAUUUCCCCUGUGGUGCGUUGUGUAUAUAAUAUUUGAAUAUGUGAAAUAAUUUUUUAUCUCCGAUCAAAUUUAUUAUGUAAUCUCAUUAAAUAUAUUCGCAAGUCAAAUAUAAUCAAUAAUACCAUAUCCUAUGUAAAGUUAUCGUUACAUAUCACUAGUCAUAUUAUAAUUUAAAUGAAUAAUAUUGAAAUAAGCAUUAUAUACAUAAAUAUUAACCGUACCUGUCCUGUGUUCAGGAAUAUAGUAUUAAAUUAUAUUUAUAAAUGGUAUAUUCGUAAAAGAUAUUGUACAUAACUUCAAAAAUGUUGAAUGUUUGGUGUGAUUUUGAAGUCUGAUUGUAAAUAUUUUUAUAAUUGUAAUGACCAUCACAAUAUUGUUCGUGUUUUUAAAUAAUUUAUAUAUAUUAUAUUUCGCCGUGUGAAGUGAGUGUUUUACAUUCCUUCGGGGAAAUUAUAUAUUUAUAUUUAAUCCUUCUUAAUAUUUCAAUGUGAUUAUUAAUUAAUAAAUUUGCAAUAUGCGGUACUAAUUCAGUAAUGCGUCAGAUAAUGUCCAUCACAAUAGAUUUUAAGGAUCUGUUUUAGUGUAUAUUAUGAUAAAUGUUAAUUUAAGUCUAGUAAUGCAUUUAUUAAAGCAUUCAUAUUUCACUUCUCACGGCAAAUAUUUAUUUCCUGUGAAUGGGAAAAGUUAUUAAACCAAAUAUCAUAAAAGAUGUUCAAUUUGUAAAUAAAUAAUAUAAUAAUUAAUUUACUCGUAAUCUCAUGUUGUUGUUAGUUACCUACGAUAUCACAAAGUACGGUGCACACAUUCAUAGUAUUAUAAAAAGUGGUGAAACUGGUGGGUCCGAAAUUAAUUAAAGAAAUCUUUAAAAAAAAUAUGGGUUUGUUUGUUGUUCUUUGGGAUGAAUUGAGGAUAGGAUUUCUGUUAGAAAAAGCGAGUUUGACAACAUAAAACUUGAACUGAAAAUAUUAAUUGAUAUUUCAAAUUUAAUUAAUAUUUACACAUCCAUACAUAAAAUCACGCCUAUAUCUCUUGCGACGUAGAAAGAGCCUAGAGGUAAUUAAAAUUUCAGAUUUAAAAUCAGGUUAGGUAUAAUAUAACAGGUUUUUGUUAAAAUAAAAUUAUUCGCCUUUUAUAUUCUGGACUCACCAAAUUUUAUUUCACGCAUUAUAUUAAUAUUUUUUAGCAAAUAUUCUUGUAGGUACCUUUUAACGGGCAUUCCAUAGACAAAGUGGGAAAUAAUUGUACAACUAAAAUCGAACGAUAAAAUGUAUUUAUUACACCAACAUAUUCUUGAAUAAAUAAAUUUUAAGUGAAAUAAAAAAUUUAUGUGCAAUGAUUGAAACGUUAUUUAUUAGAUAAAAUGCUUCUCAAAUAUCUGCUUAUAAGAGGAAGUUUCAAAAUAUUUCAACUUUUAAUGGGUAAAUUAAACCAUAGUCGUACCAGAUUUAAUGAAAUAAUAUUUGUUCGAAUUUCAAUGUAUUUUUAGUAUUGUACAAAAAAAAAUCAUGUGUAUCAAUCAUUCCAUAUAAAUACCAUACAAUAAACCAAAUAAAAUAAAUUAUAUGAAAGUAGUAAGUAUAAUAAUUACCACUAAUAUUUAUGUAUUCAGUAUUGUGUAAGGAGAUGUAUAGAACAGUUUGAUGAUCAAUACUCGACACCCUGGUAUAUUGUAAAAUAUAUUAAUGCAUUGUGAUUUUAUUCUUUAUGAAAAUAUAUGGACCAUUAUAUUGAAA